AUGGAGUGCUCGGGAGUUAAAAUAACAUUAUGGUCGGACUCCACCAUCGCGUUGCAGUGGAUUCUCUCUGAGUCCCGGAGGUGGGCCGCGUUUGUGGCGAAUCGGGUGGGAGAAAUCCAGCGUGCAACAGAGAACGCGGAGUGGCGGCACGUGCCGUCCGCGGAGAAUCCGGCCGACGUGUUGUCGCGCGGUGCUGAUUUGGCAGCAUUAGCUGUCUCCAGCACGUGGUGGAACGGUCCAUCGUUCCUGCAGCUUAACGAGGGGCAGUGGCCGACAAGAGAAAUCGAGCUGUCGGAUGAAUUGCCGGAGCGGAAAAGAGUGAUCACCGCCGUCGCGGCCGAGGGUCGCUCGGUUGUGUCGAUGCUAUUAGAAAAACACUCAAGUUUGGAAAAAAUACAGCGGAUAAUUGCCUACUGCUUGAGAACUGCGCGUUCGCGACGGACCGAGACGAGAGAACUUUGCAUUUCUCAUUGGAAAAUGACCGCGGCAAUGCGAGCCUUGAUACGUUCUGUGCAGCGCGAGUCGUUCCCGAGGGAGUAUCGGCGUUUGAGCGAGGGCCGACCAAUCGACGGCGGGAGACGUAUUUUAUCAUUGACACCGUUUAUCGAUGAGCAUGGAGUUAUUCGCGUGGGGGGACGGAUAGGCAGAGCGGCGUUGCCGCCGGACGCGUUGCACCCUAUGCUGUUGCCGAAAAGUCACACUCUCACGAUCCUCAAUUUUCGCAAGGAACACAUAAGAAAUUUACACGCGGGACUGCAGGCCACGACGUGCGCUGUGCGUCAGCGCUAUUGGUCCUUAGCUGCGCGCUCGACGGUCCACAAGGUGAUACACAAAUGCGUAGCGUGUGUCAGAUGUAAGCCGGUGGCAUCACAGGCGAUAAUGGCGGAAUUGCCCGGUCCACGCGUGACGGUCUCGCGACCAUUUACACAUACGGGGUUGGAUUAUGCCGGCCCGAUUUUGAUAAAAGAAUCGAAGAGGCGUAACGCUAAGAUGCUCAAGGCAUACAUCGCCGUAUUCAUAUGUUUCGCAACGAAGGCCGUACAUUUAGAAAUUGUAAGCGAUUUUACAUCGGAGGCAUUUUUAGGGGCGUUCAAGCGCUUCAUGUCGCGCCGCGGUAGGCCCGCACGCGUAUACUCUGACAACGGCACUACAUUCGUCGGUGCCAACAGACAAAUAAAGGAAAUGUACGAGCUUGUCAACGGCGAUCAGGCGGCGAUACGGCAAUUUGCGCAGCGAAACGAGUUCGAGUGGAACUUCAUUCCACCACACGCCCCGCAUUUUGGGGGUUUAUGGGAAGCGGCGGUGAAAUCGGCAAAAUUUCAUAUGUAUCGCGUGGUCGGUAACGCCAAUCUCACGUUCGAGGAGAUGGAGACCGUUUUAUGUGAAAUCGAGGCCGUACUGAACUCGCGACCGUUGACACCUCUCAGCGAGGACGCCAACGAUCUUACUUGUUUGACUCCGGGUCAUUGUUUGGUUGGUGCAGCGCUAAACAGCUUCCCAGUUACAGAUUUAACAGCCGAGAAUCCAGGACGGCUACUGCGCUGGCAGCGAGUGGAGCAAAUGCGCCAGCAUUUCUGGAGGCGAUGGAGCACCGAGUACAUACACACCCUCAUCGAAAGGAGGAAGUGGAGGGCGAACCAAGGUGAGCAAUUGAAAAUUGGCCAGCUCGUACUAAUCCAACAGCCGAGACUGGGGCCGUUGCAAUGGCUUCUAGGCCGAGUAGCGCAAAUACAUCCGGGCGCAGAUGGUAUCGUUCGUACGGCUACGUUGCGGACUGGACAAGGACAGCUCACGAGGCCGUUGACAAGGCUUGCAGUACUUCCCAUCGGAGACGCCGACUAA